GGUGUUGUCAGAAGUUGAUUCUCUCUUUCAUUAACAAGAAGCUAUUUUUUGUUUUCCCUUUUUCUUUUUUGUGUACGUAAAAAACAAUGGCAUAGCCAUCAAACAGUUUGUUUGCAACAUCUCAUUGAGGCUUUGAGCUACAGCUCAGAAUCCAGAAAAAAGUAAUAAAUUAAGAAUAAAAAGUCUAUGGUUGUCUCUUUGGCAAUUGAUGAGUAUAUACUCUUUACGAUCAAGUAUUUAACUAGAAUAACAAAAACUGGUAUUUUAACAAUAUGAAUAUUUCAAUUCUCUCUCUCUCUCUCUAUCUGUGUAAAUAUAUCUAUAUAUGUAUAUACACAUUCUAGUGUACGAAAAAGCAAAUUGGUUGUAUUGUCCAAAUUGGCGACCAUCAUCCGAUAACACGACAAGAUAUAUAUAUCCGGAAAGACAUAAUAUCGAUGAGAGCGAUGGAAACUGUUGUCUGUCUCUCCUAUCCUAUAUAGAAAGAAACUUUUGACACAAGACCUUCUUCAUCUACCCUAUCUUAACUCAUCCCCUGCAGAUCAGUACCAAUACCAGUGAAAGAAACCAAGUAUGGGUGAUGAGCCGGUCAAUGUUAAGGAAUAUCAAGAAUUGGCAAGGCAGGCCCUUCCAAAGAUGUACUAUGACUUCUUUGCGGGGGGGUCUGAGGAUCAGCACACACUCAGACAGAAUGUUGAAGCAUUUCACCAAAUCACUCUUCGGCCAAGAAUUCUUGUUGAUGUCAGCAAAAUAGAUAUGUCAACGACCAUACUGGGAUACAAAACUUCAGUACCCAUUAUGAUUGCUCCAACUGCUAUGCAUAAGUUGGCACAUCCUCAAGGAGAGGUCUUGACAGCCAAAGCAGCAGCAGCAUGUAACGUCAUAAUGGCGUUGUCUUUCAUGUCUACGUGCACAAUAGAGGAGGUUGCYUCCAGUUGCAAUGCUGUUUUCUUCUUUCAGUUGUAUAUCUAUAAGAGACGUGAUAUAUCCACUCUGAUGGUGAAAAGAGCUGAAAGCAAUGGAUUUAAGGCUAUUCUUCUAACUGMUGAUACUCCUAAACUUGGUCGUAGGGAAGCAGACAUAAAGAACAAAAUGAUUGCACCCCAGCUGAAGAAUUUUGAAGGUCUUUUGUCGACAAAAGUGGACGAUAAUGAGGGUUCAAAUCUGGAAGCUUUUGCAUCCAGGAGCUUKGAUCCUUCUCUUUCCUGGAAGGACAUUGCUUGGUUAAAAUCCAUUACAAAGUUGCCAAUUGUGAUCAAGGGUAUACUCACUCGUGAGGAUGCCAUUAAAGCUGUGGAAGUAGGAGUUGACGGAAUCAUAGUAUCGAAUCAUGGAGCUCGGCAACUAGAUUAUGUUCCAGCCACCAUUGCAGUUCUUGAAGAGGUGGUAGUUGCAGUUGAAGGACGAAUACCAGUACUG